AAAACUACUUUAAAAUAGAACAAGUUGAGACAAUGUGGGUACCUUAAACAUUGUGGAUGAGCCAUGGCUGACUCAUGCAUUCAAGAGUUGACAUUCACCAACACCUACACAUCCCUCUUCUCUCUAUAAAUAUGAUACAUCUAUUUCAUCUCAUCAUCACCACCAUUAACUCUCUCAGCAAUCAGAAAUACAAGACUGCUUCAACUGCAUUUGUCUUGCAAUCUCUAUUCAUCAUCAAACAUGAAGAAUUCAGUUCAGGAACUGUUUAUUGGGAUUCCAAUCACCUCACCAGCAAACCCAGUACAGAGAAGGCCUAGUCGACUUCUACUUGACAAUGUAGCUAUCCAAUCUUAUGUUCCAACUCUUGCAAAUAAGUCUCUUGCGGUCAAGCAAGAUAAAAUAGAUUCAGUGCUGAAAAAGAUAAAUAUGCUAGGCAGAAAAGCCGAUAAAUUUGCACAUGGAAUCCGCGAGCAUGUGAAGCUGGGAACCAAAAUCACUGAAACUCUCAAGGGGAAGUUGAGCUUGGGAGCAAAAAUUCUUAAAGUGGGAGGAGUCAAGAAAAUUUUUAGACAGUUUUUUACAAUCACAGAAGGAGAAAGAUUAUUGAAGGCCUGCCAGUGUUAUCUGUCAACAACAGCCGGCCCUAUUGCAGGACUUCUAUUUAUCUCCAACGAAAAGAUUGCUUUCUGUAGUGAAAGAUCUAUUAAAUUGUCUUCUCCAGAAGGAAAAAUGGCCAGGAUCCAUUACAAGGCUGUGAUCCCAUUGAACAAGAUAAAGACUGCAAACCAAAGUGAAAAUGUGAAGAAGCCGUCACAAAAGUUCAUCGAAAUAAUGACAGUUGAUGAUUUUGAUUUCUGGUUUAUGGGUUUCUUAAACAAUCAGAAAGCUUUUAAGUGUCUUCAGCAAGCAAUAUCUCAAGCUGGGAUGUCCACAGCUACAAGUCACCUUAAUUAGAUUUUUGAUCAGACUGCAAGUAAAUAGUCAACCAUUCUAGUUGACCUCAAGAAUUGUACAUAAUUGAAGUAUUUAUUAAUGAGAGUUGCUAUUAUUCAA